GGGAAAUUUAUAAUCUAUUAUAUAAAUUGAUAUUUACUCGAAAAAGCCACAAAAAUCAAAAAUCCUUUUAAUACUUCUUCUCUUCACCGCGGAAGUCGCUGUUCGUGAGCUGGAGAAAAAAAACCGAAAAAAAAAUAAACGAGAAACAACCGGAAAAAAAAUGACAACAGCGUCUUGGCCACCAGCGUCUGCCUCCUAGUGUAAAAAUCCAUCAAACCAUUAACAACACAGUGUCGAGGCAAUCCAGAGAUCGACGAAAAAAUCCAGAGUUUGAAGAAAUAGUUGAACGUCCCAGUAAAUCCGAUGAUGAAGUGACAUCGACUAGUUUAACCUCUCCACCAAGAUGUCCUACAACAAAAAGGUCUCGUACUUCUACAACCCUGACGUGGGCAAUUUCCAUUAUGGUCCAGGUCAUCCGAUGAAGCCCCACAGACUUUCAGUGAUUCAUUCACUAGUUCUUAAUUAUGGGCUUCACAAAAAAAUGCAGAUUUACCGUCCAUAUCGUGCAAGUACCCACGACAUGUGUAGAUUUCAUUCGGACGAAUACGUGGAUUUUCUCCAACGAGUCACACCCCAGAAUCUCCAAGCUUACACCAAGUACUUGAGUCAUUUCAACGUUGGAGAUGAUUGUCCAGUUUUCGAGGGACUUUUUGACUUCUGCUCGAUGUACACUGGAGCAUCUUUGGAAGGUGCUACUAAGCUCAAUAAUAAUUGCUGUGAUAUCGCUGUCAACUGGAGUGGAGGACUGCAUCAUGCCAAGAAGUUCGAGGCCUCUGGCUUCUGCUACAUCAAUGAUAUCGUCAUAGCUAUUCUAGAGCUCUUGAAGUAUCAUGCCAGAGUCUUGUACAUUGAUAUUGAUGUUCAUCAUGGAGAUGGGGUCCAGGAGGCGUUUUAUUUGACUGACAGGGUCAUGACUGUGUCUUUUCACAAGUAUGGAAACUACUUUUUCCCUGGAACUGGGGAUAUGUAUGAGAUUGGAGCUGAGAGUGGCAGGUAUUACUCUGUUAAUGUGCCCUUGAAAGAGGGCAUUGAUGAUGCGAGUUAUGUACAGGUAUUCAAGCCAGUGAUUUCCCACGUGAUGGAGUUUUUUCAGCCAACGGCAAUAGUCCUGCAAUGUGGGGCAGACUCCCUCGCGAAUGAUCGACUCGGUUGUUUCAGUCUGAGUACAAAAGGCCACGGAGAAUGCGUAAAAUUCGUUCGAGACCUGAACGUCCCGUUAUUAACGGUUGGAGGAGGUGGAUACACUCUGAGAAACGUUGCAAGAUGCUGGACCUACGAGACAUCUCUCCUCCUCGAUGAACAAAUCAGCAAUGAACUUCCUUACACAGAAUACCUAGAGUACUUUGCUCCUGACUUUACACUUCAUCCUGAGGUCGUCACGAGGCAGGAUAAUGCCAACAGCAAACAAUACCUUGAGGCUAUCACGAGACAUGUUUAUGAUAAUCUCAAAAUGGUCCAGCAUUCUCCUUCUGUGCAGAUGCAGGAUGUACCUUGUGAUGCACUACCACCUGAGGACGACAGGCAACCGGAACCUGAUCCUGAUUCCAGGCAUAAUACUCAGGAUACUGAUAAAAUCAUUGAGCCUGCUAAUGAGUAUUACGCGGGGGACAAGGAUCAGGAUAAAAUGGAUGUGUCUGAGUCGUGAUUUUAACGGAUUUUAGGGGCCUGGAGUCAGUUUCGUGGUUGCGUGGAGGAAAGAAAUGAGUGGCACAGUUUUUUUUUGGCAGUUCAGUUUGAAAGAAUGCAAUAAGUCAAUUUUAUUCUAAGAUUUGUUUCUUUUUUGGUAGAUACAUCUAUCGACAACUAAAAAGAGAGAAUUUUUAAAAAGUCCUUUUGCGAAAAAACACCUCACAAAAAUUUCGAUAUGGCUGUUAGUUUUGGAGAUACCUAUCAAUGUUUUUUGCAAUUGACUUGUGCCAUUUUAUUCCUUCUUUUCUGGUCUAUUGUUAUUCGAAGAAUUAUUGGGUUCAGCGGAGAUAAUUGUUUACGAAAAUUAAUUUACGGAAAGCUUUACGGUUUUCUCUUAUGACUUGCAAAUUUUGAUCAUGUUCAUUUUAAUGACGUGCCAGCACAAACAUUUUAGCCUUUUCCUUUUUAUGGGACAAUUGUUUACUCGGAAUAUCCUUCUGAUUUUUUUUACAUCUCUUCCUCCAAUAAUUGCAAGAUAAUCUACAAUCAGUUCUUGACUCAUCUCAGGUUAUUUGCCAGUGAAUUCUGUACAUAAUUUUCUACUUUUUAUUUUGAGAAUCUUUCAUUCAAUGUAAAUAAUAUGAAUUUUGAGAGAUGUUUUAUUGUAACUACAAAUAAAAUAAUUGAGACGAUUUUUAAAAAAAAUGUGAGAUAAUUAUCUGGCAAAUCUAUUAAUUAAUAAAUAUGGAUUGAUCCUCCAAUCCAAUUUCUGAACCACUUAAUCAAAAUUAGAAAUCCCAGUUAAUGAUUAAAAUUAAAAGUUGUAGAAAAUCUCUGGUAAUGUGAAAGUAACAUCAAAACUUUUAUAAUUUUUUUAAAGUCAUUUAUAGUCAAGACAAAAUUUAUUGGACAGACCAUUUUCUUUAAACUAUCAAAUCACUUCUUUAAGUUAUCAAAUUCU